UGGGGACUUACCGGAAACCAAACUUUUUUUUUUCAAGCCUCAAACUUAACUGUUGAAGUCGAAAGAGGAAAAGAGCAGCAGAGAGUCCCGUUACAUUUCAGACUCAUACACAGUUCCUUGUUUUUCAUCGUCAUGUUGGAUGUGAGAAAGUUGAGACGAAGAGAUAUCAACAGUUUUAACCCGAGAUAAAGUCCUGCGUCGAGCUUUUUCUUUUGCGCAUAACGGGAUCUUUGUUUUUAUAUCAUGGAAGAUGGUGUGAAAGAGGAGCCAGCCAAGCCUACAGAGGUGAGGAGCGCUGGGAAGGCGGGCUGGUUGAAGAAGUCUUCAGGGAAGUUCUUGAGCAGCUACAAGGACCGGUACAUUCACCUGGACCGAACAGUGAUUGAGGUCUACGAGAAUGAGGAAUUAACAACAUGCCUGGAGAAAGUGGACUUGGACAACUAUGUCACUUGUCACGAGUUAAAGAGUCCUUUCAAGAAGAAACACAGACUGGUACUAAUACGAAGCCCCAAGAGCGGUAACAAGGUCCAAGAUGUCAAACUUCAGGCACAAAAUCCUGAGGAAAAAGAAGCCUGGAUCAAGGCACUUGGUGAAGGAAUCGAUAAGGCAAAGAACAAAAUUUUUGAUGAGGUAAAAGUUGAUGAAACCUGCUCAUUAGAACAUGUUACUCGGACCCGACCUAAGGGGAACCGUGGAAGAAGACCGCCAACAAGGAUACACAUGAAGGAGGUUGCGAAUGUCUCAAGUGAUGGAAUAUUGAGACUGGACCUUGAUGGUGACGUUACCAUGCCGAAUGGAACUCAUUGCUUGAAUACAGAAGAGGAUAAACAAACUGAAACUUCGAAACCAUCUGUGACAAUGAACAGCAUUCAAGAGGAGUGCAUCGAUGAAGAGUCCACACCUCAGAAGAAAGUUAUAAAGCCACCCAUGCCGCCAUCGAAAGACAACAAACCCUGUGAAAUCCAUAAAGAGGAUGAGCCCAAAAAUGAGGAAGCUGCACCGCAAAAGAAGAUUCCAAUGCCACCGAUGCCUCCAUCAAAGGAAACUAAACCCUGCGGAUCUGUUGAUGAGGCUGCUGUUGAGGAGAAUAUCUCAGACGGUAAAGUAGAGGUUAAAGCAGAUAGCACUGACACUUCUGAACGAACCCCCUCCACCAAGAGCGUCCAGCCCCCUAAUCCUCCAUCCAAACAUAUGAAGCCCAACCAACCGGUAACACAAGCCACAGUCACAACAGAGGAAAAAGAACCUCAAGAGAAAAACGAGGAGGUUGACGGUGAAGGUACCAAAGUGAAUGGAGCUUCAAACGACAAAGAAGACCAGAACAAGUCAGAAGAGGGAGAGACCUUUGUUGUAUCCAAAAAGGUAAUGAAACCCCAAGUAGUAAUGUGGGAUUCACCCUCUAUGCCAUUAAAACAACCUAGUGCUGAACAAGAAGUGAAAAAUUCGAAGAAAGCCUCAGAUACGACUGGAGAAGUGGCAACCUCGGAAGAACCUUGCCAACUUAAUCUCACUCCACUUUCGACCCCUGAAUCUGUAAAAAAGAGUCCUGGUCCCCCUGCUCCACCCAAGAAGAAGCAAUUUAAGGCAUCUGCCAAAAAGGAGGACAGUUCCCCACAAAGUGGCCCAAUGGUCCUUACCGACACCACCAUUUUGUCUUCAGAAAAGGUCUCAGAGCAGUCUUCAAAAACAGAUGACAUCAAAUUGAUGAUUCCAGAACCCAAAACUGAGCCUGUUGGUGAUGUGUCAAGCGAAGAGUUGGAGGAGAAGUCUUUAGACAGUGGUCAACACUCAGGAGAAGAGUCUGAGACUGGUGACCAAGUUACGCCGUCCUCCCCAAAGCUCAAAGGAAGCUCCCAGGCACUAGAUUUAGAGACCAGCGAGGAUGAUCUAGAACCAUCUGACAGCAAAGCGAAGAGUUUGGAGGAGCCAUCGUUAAAAAACCCGUCCACCACCCCAGAGACCUCAGUUCCCAGUGCAAAUCCAACCCCAAGCUAUUGUGCCAACAAGUCCCCGUUUCUCUCGAUGCCUCUCAAGCAUUCUUCCAAGUCUCGCUCCGCAUCUCUAGGAGACCUCCUUGGGGAGGACGCAGAGAAGGUGGAAAUCAAGGGAAAAGAGAUACCAAUAAAACGGCAUGGAAGUGACGUGAAGGACUUGCAAAGCAAAGUGUCUUUUGAGAUAGAAGCCACGGGAGAUAUGCUGAAUUCAAUCGCAACUGGACAGAGUGGAGAGGCGGAAAUGAAGGUGGAAGCGAGACCAGAGAUCUUGCUCAAUGAAGCAAUGGAGAAGCUCAGGAAAGCUGAGCAGUUCUUACGGGAAGCCAGGAGCCUUAAAGAUCAUAACAAAAGCAACAGAUUAAGUUUGUAAUGGUAAGUGUGUGUGGAAAGAACCUAUAGGGAUGAUCUAUGCUGAAAAUGUACAGUAUGCUAAUGAUCAAAUGCAAUUCUUACCCCCAACCAUUUUCAAAUCUCUAAGCUUCUAUUUAAACCUUGCAAGGCUAAGAUGCCUUACAGUUUUGCUAAUGUAGCUACGUAGCCUCUAGAUGGUGAUACUGCAGGCCUACGUAUUGUUGCAAGGCUGACAAACCAUUUUCUCUCCAAAAUAAGUAAAAACUCAAGAGCUAAAUUUGUACAUGCUACAUUUUAUUUUGUGGAGAAACAGUUAGUUAGCUCACCUGCUGUAAUGUCAAGUGUGUUUUUAGCUUGCUUCAGACUCGCUUUAGGAUUUGUUUCUUAUUCCAUCAAUUUCCUAAUGAUUUUGGUCUUAGUUAUAUAUCGCACUUUGUUCUGUAGAUUUGAAGAUGUGUUUUACACAAAAUGUGUGCCUUAUGUAUCAGAUGACAAAUCCCCAUAAAUAACAUGUGCACAUAACCACUAUUGGGAUAAGCUAGCUUUUUACGCUAACACGUUUGUUGAACGGUUGAUGUUGUAUUUUGAAUUUUGCACUGCAACUCCUGUGUAAAAAAAGGAGUUUAAAAUUAUGUGUGAAGGGACAUUAGACAUUAAGUUAGCUGGUGAAAAUGAGAAAUCGAGGAGAGAUACCGAAGUGCUUUUAAAAGUUGUACUAGUAUGUUUUUGUUCACAAGCCCUAAUUUCCCACUUUAAAAAUACUGUAAGCUAUUGCAGCCAUUUUGCUAACUAAACUGAAUUAGACCACCCGUCCCUUUAACCACAACUCCGCCUUUCAAAGCCUUCUCAGCCAACCCGAAUGUGCGCGGUAAUUCACAGGGAGAUUUUUCUGGAGAUUGUUUUCUGAUUGGCUGCUCUCCUGACACUUUUUUUUUGCUGUUUACAGAGCCAAGACAAAGAGACAAGUG